AUGAUCAAUUUCGUCAACAAUGGUUUAAAUUUAUUGAACAACGACAUGAACUAUCACAACAACUUCAAAAAUUAGAUGAUACGAAUUGUUUAUUUCAAUUUCAUUAUAUAUAUGAUUUUGGUCCCAAAUGUCGUUUUAAUCGUGAUUUUCGUCAACUCUGGCAUCAAUAUUUUCAACAACAUCCAACUUUAUCAGAAGAAAAGUGCAAAAUUAUUCUUAAUGCUAAAAAUUUUCAUUCCUUAAAUACUUUAUUAGGAAUGGAUAAACCGGCAUUGACUCUUGGACAAUAA